CUAUAACGAAUGGACUCACCGGGCAUGGCGUGCUAGCCGACAGCUGGUACACCUCAACCAUGAUAAUCCCCCGUCAAGUUGAUUGCGUGAAGGUUGCCAUGCUUGAAGGGGCGCGGCCUUGUCGCCACCCGGGACAUUGCGUUAGGGGAGGUGGUGAUGGCCACGCCACCGCUCGCCCUGGUGACCUCGUCGCAGCGACAGCGCCCCUCGGGAGAGCUCGUUGUUGAUGAAAUCCUGGAGCGCAAGCUAUACGCCAGCAAAUGGUUCUCGGUGCUAUACGACGGGAGCAGCCGCUCUUGUAAUGCCCAGUUCCAGUUGGCUCCCUGUGAUUCAACAUCCAUCUUCAGUAAUGCCACUGCACCAGGAUCCGAAGGAACGGAUGCGCCACGGGCCGAGCAGCCGCCAGAGCCAGUCCUGGCCUCGACACUCUCCCUUACCAAGGCAGGGCCAGCCGCAGCCGUCCCCCCAGCCAAGAAGAAGGGUUUCCUGGCGAGCCGUAGCCCAACUGCGCGGCGGGGCAAGAGCUCCCAGGCAAGUGCUGCUGCCGCGGUGGCGGCGGCGGCAGCAGGCGACUCAGGGGCCGCAGCCGCCGAGGCGCUUCCCAUGCCAGACAGGCGCGAACAAACUCGCCUAGCAAAGGUUGUCAAGUUUAACUGCUUUGGGGAUGAUGCAGAGGACCUGGCGGCAUGUGAGUGCCGUGGCGAGCAGCCCCGCGGCCACAUCGGGCUGUGGCCCGAGUUUGCGCUGCUCAACCACUCUUGUGCGCCCAACACCACAAACUUCGUCAUCGGCGGCUCCAUGGUCGUGCGAGCGUGUCGGAGAAUUAAGGCAGGGGAGGAGCUGCUGCCCUUCAACCGCCGGAUCGGCAUCCUGUCAGAGGACUACGGCUUCGAGUGCAGCUGUGAACGGUGUCGGGCAGAGCAAGCGCACUACGAGAAGGUGGAGGACGUGUACAUGGAGCUCUUCGAGGCGGUGAACGACAAGUUGGGGCCUGCUUUCCUGGAGGGGCGGGCAGUAGGCGACAUGGAGGCCGUUGGGGACGUGCAGCGGGAGGUACAGUCGUGGUUGCGCCGGCUCUACGGGCUCUUCCGCAAGACCCUGCUAGCACCUGACGUACGACAGUAUAUCAUCGCGAGCAUGUACGACGCAUACGACCUGUUGUUUUCCUGCGCAGCGGCGCUCGGACAGGGUGAAGACGCAAGCAGUUUGCAGGCGAGCCUCAAGGCCAUCGAAGCGGUGUCCGCCGGGUCAGAUUUACACGUGCUGCUUGCUGUGCGGCACUACGAUUGCACAGUGAAGGAGCAUGGCGACGGCAGCGGGCUGGCGGGAUUGGCCAGGGAAACGCUACGGCGAGCACACGUGGCACGGUACGGGCCGGUCAGCGAGGAGAUGAUAUCGAGGCUGAUUGACCUCAACCGGAAGCUACACGUGGAGUCUUGAGGCGGGUGUGGGUCGGACGAUAUCUGGCACUCUACUUGGGCGAAAUUGAGCUAGGGGAUGGCUGUCAGCCGGCAAGAGCACGGCAGGAAACGUCGUAUGCAGGUGUGAAAGGGUCCCCUUGGAAAGCAAUUACCAGGUUUUUUCAAUUGGCAGCCAAAGGAAGAUUGCUGCCAUAGUGCUGGGCCUCAGGAUUGCGCUUAAAGGGAGGUUUGCCUGAAGAGCUUUUUUUCAUAGACACCGAGACGGGUGCUUGUGUGGCGUGCGGGCAGUGCGAGUGGCGCGUGGGCAGCGGCACGGGACGCUCAGGGGGCAUUUGCAGGGGCGCAUGUACGUUGAUGGUUGGAUGGUGCAGGUCGAUAUGGUGGUCGUCGCACGACUGCUACUGAGGAAUAAUUACGUUAAUUUAAGGGA